AUCUGAUUAAAAUGGUCUUUCACUGUCACGGGAAAACCGCCUUUAGAACCUCAUUUAUUUGACACAUAUGUUUACUAAGUAAACAUACCACCAUGUUAGUUAGGCAGUACACUUUUACUAUUUAUAUCACUUUGAUAAGCAUUUAGAAUGCGUUAACAACUGUUAAACAUGUAUAUAUGCAGUCUUUGUCUGAUUAUGUCAUUAUGGAAGCUAACUGAAUCCGGUGUCAGCUUUCAUUGUCCUGUUCAAUCGCACUGGAAACAUAGAGCAGAAACGUAUUGUGGUUCUGUGGACGGUUACUUCUGCUUAUUUAAUCGGAAUGAACAUUAUUUUACUGAAUUUUGUAGAAAACACCAAGAUUUCGAGGCACCAGGACAGAAACUCAUAGUUGCUGGGUCAUCUAAUGGAACACUGCAAGGUGCUGAUUGUGAUAGUGAGUUCUACCAACCUUUCAAAUUCCUGUCUUCUGGAAGCAGUCGAUGUGUUUAUGAGAAGUCUUACUGCAGUGGGGAGGGACUAGUCACUUCUAGGAAUGGUACAUUAGAAAAGGACAGAUCAUGCCGCUGUGAUUAUACGAGAGGAUAUGAUUUUAUAGAUCAACCAAAACAUCGAUGUCAUUGUGUACCGUCCGAGGAAGAUUGUUCCUGUCAUCUUAAGAUAUGUCCAUCUAACUACAUUUUAUCACCAGAUUAUGACUGUCUUAAUGAGAAUGAAUGGAAACCGAGCUUUUACUGUGAUUCAAUAUCAACGGGCAUGUUGCCCCAAAAUCCGGAAAUACCAUUAUCAACUGAAAAUUCAUUGUUGGAGGAUUAUGUACUAGCUAAUAGAAAGGCUGCAUGUAUUGCAGUUCUGGUAGUUUGUAUACUGAUGUUAUCCGUUUCAAUAAUAUUUUUGGUAUUGCCUAUCAUAGAAGAUUGUUUAUGCAGAAUGAAACGCCAACGCACAGAGAUUGACGAAAAAAUUGCUUCUCGGAUAGCCAUUGAAAAAUCUAAUUGGGAAAAACAAUUUGAUGCAAUUGAUUUUGAAAAAAAGGAGUUAAAGGGCAAAAUAUGGAAACUCGAAGAUAGUAUAGGAAAAGUUCCAUGCCAUGUACGAGAACUGCAAAAGGAAACACUAUUGAAUUGGUCCAAUGAACUUACUAAAUUUGUUGUAACACAAGCCGCGCAAUCAGUAUAUCAACGCAUCCAGACAGAAAAACUAGUUGCUAUUAUAGGACCAACAGGGACGGGUAAAUCCGCAUGUGCUUAUCACAUAGCAUUUAGAUUAAAGAACGAAUAUGGUUAUACAAUUGUGCCUGCACGGCAGCCAUUAGACAUAACUCAAUACUAUUUACCAGGUACAAAUCAAGUAUUCAUCAUUGAUGAUUUCAUCGGGAAGUAUGCCUUUGAUGAGGCUGAAGCAGUUUCAUGGGAAAAAGAAGGUCCAUACAUUCAUAAGGUUUUAAGUAACAACGAUCAAACUAAAGUAAUACUAACGUGUAGAAAGUCUAUUUGGCAUCCUGAAAUAUGCGAACGCUUUAGAUUAUCAGCUUUCGUUUGCGAUUUACAUACAGACGAGUUAAGAUUAACUCUGUCAGAAAAACGAACCAUCUGUGAGGCAUAUCUUGAAAAAAGUGACCUAAAUGCCACAAAUGACGAAAUAAUAACGAUGUAUCCUUUUCUGCCCUCGUUAUGUUCGAUCUUUUCAUCAAAAGACGUUGGUACAGUAGAACACUUUUUUACCUUACCCGUUCAAUUCAUCGAAGAGGAAAUAGACAAUUACAAAAUAAAAUCACCAGUACUUUAUAUUUCUUUAGCUCUACUUGCUAUCGAACAAAAAAUUACAAAAAAAUCAUUUUUUGAUAACAUUGAAAAUGAAGAGUUGAUAAAAAACUUGUUUGCAGAAUCUGGAUCUCAAAUACUUCCAUCAAAAAGACUUAUUAUCAGUCAACUCGAGGCUUUGACUGACACAUACGUAAAGGUUGAUAAAGAGUGUUUCGAAUUUAUUCAUCAGACUAUGCAAAAUAUUGUUCUUUACUGCAUUGCAAAAACAUUUAUAAACUCCGUACUAAAGUACAGUAAAAGCUAUGUAAUUAAAAAUCAGGUAAAAUUGGCAUGCCUCAAGGAAGAGCAGAAUGUUGCUGUAAUAAAAGUUACACCAGAACAUGAAGAGGCUUAUUUUACACGUCUUUCAAGUGACCUUAGCGAAGGACAGUUUGCGGAUGUUUUUGAAAAUAAUCAAAAUGCCUUUCCAAUAUUCAGACAGAAGUUUUUAGUCUAUUUGAACAACGGUAGAAAGAUAAAUAAUUGGAAAACAAAUUCAGACGGUUUAACUAUCCUUCAUGUUGUUUCAUCAUUGGGCUAUGUAGAUUUUGCUUCUUAUUUUAUGAAUUUGGACAAAGGAAUGAUUAAUAAGACCGAUGCAAAGGGAAACACACCUUUGCAUUUAGCAUCCAUGAAUGGUCAUCUUGAUAUUGUAAAAUUGCUUGUUGAAAUCGGUCGAAACGUUCACAUUUUAAACACGGACAAAUUAUCGCCUUUUUUCUAUGCAUGUGAAAAUAAUAUUAUCUCUGUCGUGAAUUAUUUGAUCAAUUUACCGAACGACGUAGCUAAGAUCAACGAAACAUAUAUGAUGAGAGAACACAAAAGUGUUCUUCACAUAGCUUGUCUGAAAGGUUUUACAAAACUUAUAACAAUUCUGCUGGACCAUCGCGCUACUGUUGACAUACAAGAUAAAGGUGGAUUAACGCCGUUACAUUUGGCAUGCUUAGGUGGACAGUAUGAUACAGCUUCGUUGUUACUUAAAGCUGGAGCCAACGUUAAUGCAUUGGACAAACUAGAAAUGACUCCUGUUUAUUAUGCAUGUACAACGGAUUAUAAAGAUAUUGUGGAACUUCUAAUUCAAAAUAAGGCAGAUAUAAAUAAAAGCUCAUCAAACGGUUCCACACCUUUGCAUGCGGCAUGUGAGAAAGAGAGUAUAGACGUUGUGAAUACUUUAUUAAAAACAGAUUCAAAAGUAGAUGUCAAAGACAAAACAGGGGAAACACCUCUUCAUUUAGCAUGUAGAAAGGGAAAUGAAAAAAUCGUAAUAUUGUUAAUUGACAACGGUGCUUCCAUUAAUGGGAAAACAAAAAAAGAUAAGAUGAGACCCUUUCAUGAAGCUUGCAGAAAUGGGCAUCGUAAUGUUGUAGAAAUUCUUUUGGAGAAUAAUGUCAAAUACGACAAGCAAAAUGAGCAGGGAUGGACAGGCCUUUUCUUAAGUUGUGCAAACGGAUACAAUGAUAUAGUAAAGAUGAUACUGAAUCGUAAGGCUGGUGUAAAUCUUACUGAUAAAGACGGUGUUACUGCUCUUCACGCCGCUUGUAUGAACAGUCAUAAAGACGUUGUUAACACAUUGAUCGAGAAAAAGGCGAAUGUAAAUGUAGCAGACGUUCAUGGGGAAACUCCUCUUUAUAAAUCAUGCGACAACGGUAACAUUGAAAUAGUUAAGAUAUUGCUCAGUAAUGGUGCAAAGGUUAAAAUAUGUGGAACCUCUGGAUUGUCUCCUGCAGACAUUGCAAAGAAAAACGGGUUUAGCCACAUUUUUACGCUAUUGAACAAGGAAAGCAACUGAUCAAAAUAGUGUAAAAGCUGAUGUAAAUUGGUAUCAGAAAUAUAAGACAAUGUAAAUAUACAUUUCCGAUAUCUCUAUGAAUUUUCGCUUUUGUUGUAUGCGCAAUAAUGUCUUUUUUUGACACAGUUUUAAAUUUACAAAAUCAAAAUAAUUUUUAUGUUAAAAACAAAUGUUUUCUUCAUAAUGCCAAUCAUCGUUAACACGAUUUGAUUUGUGCAAUUCUUCUAUUAUUUCUUUUACACAUCGAUUACAUAAAUCCAUUCAAAAGGUUA